AUGAAUACAUUAUGUCAUAUUCUAUUUUAUAUAGUUUUAUAUCAAAUUUUAUGUAUUACAUGGAUUGGAAAAGUUGAUUCAGGUCAUUCAGAGAAACGUUUAUUAAAAUAUUUAUUUGAUCAAAAACGAUGGGAUGCCCACAAUCCAAUGGAACGUCCAGUUUCAGUAGAUGGUAAACCUGUACAAGUUUUUCUUAAAUGUUUCCUUAAUCAAAUCAUGGAUGUAGAUGAAAAAAAUCAAGUUCUAUCUACAAUCAUUUGGCUUGAUUUAAAAUGGUCAGAUUAUCAUUUUCAUUGGAAUGCAAGUGACUAUGAAAAUAUUCGACAGAUAAAUUUACCACCAGAGAGAAUAUGGAAACCAGAUAUUCUAUUAUAUAAUAGUGCUAGUGAAAAAUUUGAUCAAAUUUUUCCAACGAAAGUGAUUGUUAGAAAUACUGGAAAUAUUCAAUGGGUACCACCAGGUUUAUUACAUUCUAUUUGUGAUAUUGAAGUGAAUUGGUUCCCAUUUGAUUCACAGAAUUGUAUCAUGAAACUUGGAACAUGGACUUAUCAAGGAAAUACAGUAGAUUUAAAAUUACAAUGUGAUAAUGAAACUGAAGAUGUAGAUCAACCAUGUCAUUAUAUGAAUGAUGUUGAUUUAUCGACUUAUUUAGCUCAUAGUGAAUGGGCUUUAGAAAGUGCUUCCAUUAAACGUAAUAUACAAACUUAUGGUGGUGAAGAUCAAACAUACAUUGAUGUUACCAUUUAUGUUUAUAUGCAACGUCGUGCAUUGUAUUACAUGUUCAAUAUUAUCAUACCAUGUAUGAUAAUGUCAAUGAUGGCAUUACUUGUAUUCACUUUACCACCUGAAGCCAAUGAGAAAAUUGUAUUAGGUGUUACCACUUUACUUUCAUUGACAAUGUUAUUACAGUUGGUAGCUGAUAAACUGCCACAAACAUCAUCAGGAAAUCCUGUACUUGUUUUAUAUUUCACAUGCACAAUGAUCCUUUGUUCACUUUCAUUGGUAUGCGCUGUGGUUUUGCUUAAUUGUCAUCAUCAUACAGGAGGUAUUGUUUAUGUACCAUGGUGGAUUGAAACAUUAAUUAAUGUAUGGUUAGCAAGUAUUUUAAGGAUUGAUCAUGAUCUAUCUGAUCCUAACAAUAAUGAUAAUAAUAAUCACCAUGGUGAUAAUGAUAAUAAUAAAACGGAACAAAAUUUGAAAAAUUCUAAAGAAAAAUUAAUCCCUAGUGAAAAUUCUUUUCAAUUAGAUCAAUAUGAUUAUGAUAAAAUCAAUCAUCAUUUACACUUUAAUCAUUCAUAUAAUAAUAAUAAUAAUGGUAAUAGUAAUGGUAAUGGUAAUAAUAAUGUAAAAAAUGCUACCGUUUGGUCCAAUAUCAUUGAUAUGAAUUCAGAAUUUCGUCCAACAAUUGUCAUUCAUAAACCAUUCAAACAUGAUAAUAAUCAUAAUCAUAAUAGUAAUAUAAAAAAAUCUUUAUUCAUGAAUCAAAUCAAAUUGAAAUCUGAAUUACAAAGUAGAAUUCAACAAAAUUAUUUCAUUGAUUUGGAUCCGGAUUAUGAUCGUGAUCGUUGUGAUCAACAUCGAUUAUCAACAGAUGUAUUAGGUAAACCAUUGAAUAAUACGCCUUAUCAUACCACUACUAAUACUAAUACUAUUACUCCUACUACUACAAUACCAGAGGAUAGAGGGAAUAGUCGAACAAAUGCAACUAGUCGGUUACAAUAUACAUGCAAACGAAAUUUAACUGAAAAGUCAAAAUAUUUCAAUAAAACAAUCCCAAGAUUUCAUUUAUCAUCAUCAUCUAAUGAAUCUCCACAAGAUUCAUCAUUCUCUUCAUCACCAACACCACUACCACCAGCGUCGUCGUCGUCGUCGGCGUCGUCAUCAUCAUCAUCAUCAUCAACAAAUAAAGAUACAGUAUUUUCAUCUCCAAAUAAAAUUACUGAUCCAAGUAGUUCUAGUCCAUUCAAACAGAAUAAUAAUAAUAAUAAUGAUUCUAUGAAUUUUGAUAUAAUUCUAUUAAAAUUAAAACAUAUUUCUAAUGAAUUACGUUUUAUUACAUCUGAUAUGCAUAAUAAAGAUAAAGAAAUAAAAACAUCAAAUCAAUGGCGUUUAGCAUGUCGUGUAUUAGAUCGUUUAUGUUUAUUAAUAUUUACUGCAUUAAAUUUAUUUACUACAUUAGGUAUAUUAACAUCAGCACCAACUGUGAUUAAAGCAUUCACAUCAAGAGGUGCACCAUCACAACCAAUGUAA